CUGGAUAGUCCGGAAUUCCGGAUAUAUAUAUGACUCGAGUUCGGGUUCGGGUUCGGAUCAGGCCCCACAGUCCGUUCCAGCCUUCCAGGUCCUUCAACCUUCGACGUUCUUCGCGAGGUAGAAGCAAUACGCAACUUCACAGCUGCGGCCAGUGUAGCUUCGAUGCUAUUGCAAUGGAGAGCAUCGAAGAAUGCAACGAUAACAUCAAUUUCAUUACCGGCGGCAAAGAAGAAGCGGCAGCUGGAAGGAGCAGCGCUAUAUUCUCAGAGCUCAAAUUGUACUGCAUACAGCUACUGGAACUCCAUCAAAACCGUGUGAAAAGCACCUCUGAAGUAUCUCAACUCCUUCAGCUUCUUCGCCGAUCUUCUCCUGAAGCCCUCCAGCCCUUCUUCGACUAUACAUUGUUUCCAUUGCUGCUUCUACUGGAUGCAGCAGUAGAUUGUAGAUCAACAUCAAAGGAAGAUUCAAGAGGAAGAUCUAUUAUAUCUAACUUCCCAGAGACUCCACUUAAAGUUGGUGACAUUUUGGGAGAAGGUGUAUUGAAUUGUCUUGAGGAACUUCUGAAGAAAUGCCAUCUAGCAUCUGUGGAUCAGUUGGUUGUACUGCUGAAAAAGUUGACUCGAGGGGCAUUGCUUUCUCCUCUGGAGGCUUCAGAAGAGUUUCGAGAAGGAGUAAUAAGGUGUUUUAAAGCGCUACUGCUAAAUCUUCAUCCUUGUUCUGAUGACUCAUGUCCAUGCAAGAAAAUCAGUUCUUGGCCUGUGCUUUUAGAAGUAGAGAGUUUGCAACUGCCACCUUUCUCAAAGUGUGACUUAAAACAAGAAGAAUGUUUGCUUGCAUUUCUCCAGUCUGAAACUGCUUCUGCUGCAGUUGGACAUUGGCUGUCACUUCUGCUCAAGGCUGCAGAUAUUGAGGCUGGACGAGAGCUUCGAGGCAGUGCCACAAUUCGUAUAGAAUGUUUCACAACACUGCGGAUGCUUAUUGCCAAGGUUGGGGAUGGAGAUGCAUUAGCUUUCUUUUUGCCGGGUGUUGUUAGUCAAAUUGGUAAAGUUUUGCAUGCCUCAAAGACUAUGAUCAGUGGGGCUGCUGGCAGUGCUAAAGCUUUAGAUGAAGCCAUCAGAGGCCUAGCUGAAUUUCUUAUGAUAGUUCUUAAGGACAAGUCAAAUUUAUCUUCUAUUACUGUGCCCUUCGAUGAUGUCCCUGACUUCCACUCUGACAGUGAGAAGUCACCUCUGUUGCUACUAGAGAGACUUCGUCACUUGCCCAACCAAAUGCAGGACCAUGGUAAUGUAGUAAUUAAAGAUUUGACUGAAGCUGGUGAUGGAGGCAUCCCUGUAUGUGACUCCAGUGAGAGAGGAAACAUUUUUUUGCGUGUCUGUCGUACAAAACAAUGGAUUACUGAUACCUCUUCUCAUGUUGAUAAGCUAUUGUCUGCAACAUUUCCUCAUCUUUGUAUGCAUUCAAGCAAAAGGGUGAGACAAGGGCUUUUAGCUGCUAUACAAGGACUGUUAACAAAAUGUUGUUACACAUUGAAGAGUAGCAGAUUGAUGCUUUUGGAGUGCUUAUGUAUUUUGGUCUGUGAUGAUUCUGAAGAUGUGUCUUUAGCUGCGCAAGCUUUCUUUAGAUAUUUGCGCUCAUCACAUGGGAAGCAUCACAUAAAACAUGAUUUCACCCAGAUUUUUAGAAGGCUCAUCGAGAAGCUUCCAAAAGUGAUCUUAGAAAAUGAGGAAUCUCUUGCACUAUCACAUGCCCGGAAAUUAUUUGUCGUGUUAUACUUUUCAGGCCCUCAACUUGUGACCGACUACCUCCUUCAGUCUCCUGUAACUGCUGCUAAGUUCUUGGAUGUUUUUGCCCUCUGCAUGAGUCAAAACUCUGUUUUUGCUGGUUCUCUGGAGAAGCAUAUUAUAACAAGGAAUUCCUCAACUGGUGGUUAUAUACGCUCUAUAGCAGAGAUGAAAGCUAUCGUAGAUGCCAACCCUGAACAUUUUGAAUUUUCAGGAAGUAGAAAAACAAAAGCACAGUAUUCAGCAGAAAGUAUAUCGGAUGAGUAUGAGCUGCCACGCAUGCCUCCUUGGUUUGUUCAUGUUGGUAGCCAGAAGUUGUACCAUGCGCUAGCUGGGAUCCUUAGACUUGUAGGUUUAUCUCUAUUUGCAGACUCUCAAAGUGAGGGGGGUCUCUCUAUAAUAAUGGAUGUCCCCCUGGAGAACUUGCGUAAAUUGAUUUCAGAGGUCCGGAUGAGGGAAUAUAAUAAUGAAAGUUGGCAUUCGUGGUAUAAAAGAACUGCUUCAGGACAAGUUAUACGAAGGGCUAGUACAGCAGCUUGUGUCCUUAAUGAAAUGCUAUUUGGUUUGUCAGAGCAAGCAAUACAUAAAUUUUCAAAGAUGUUUUCAAAGUCCAGUGUUGAAUGGCAUGAACUCAAGCAUAAUGAAGAUGAGAAUCAACCUGGAAAUGUUGAUGAUGUUGUCUCAAUAGAUCUUGUUUGGAGAAUUUGCCUAGAUAAGGGUUCAAGGAAUCAAGUUGUUGACUAUGUGGGCUGUGUAUUGCAUGAAUACCUAUCAUCUGAAAUCUGGAGUCUUCCAAUUGAUGGUAAAGAUCUUUUUCAGCAAUCUCACAAUGAGGAAGGGGACAUGAAUUUAUAUUUCUUCCACGACACUGGGAUGCUGCACCAGGUUAUUAUUGAUGGGAUUGGUAUCUCCUGUAUGUGCCUUGGGAAAGAUUUCUCUUCAUCUGGAUUUCUUCAUUCAUCUCUUUGGUUGUUGCUUCAGAACCUUAUUUGCUCAAAUUUUAUGAUCAGAAGUGCAUCUGAUGCAGUCUUGCACAUUAUUGCUGCUAUGCAUGAGUAUGAAACGGUGGGACACUUAGUUUUAGAAAAUUCAGAUUAUAUCAUUGAUUCAGUAUGUAGGGAACUCCGUCAUCUUGAUCUCAAUCCAAAUGUACCAAAUAUACUUGCAGCCAUGCUUUCAUACGUAGGAGUUGCUCACAAAAUAUUACCAUUGUUGGAGGAGCCAAUGCGUGCUGUUUCCACAGAGCUUGAAAUUCUUCAAAGGCAUCGGCAUCCAGACUUGACAAUUUCCUUCUUAAAGGCAGUGGCAGAAAUAGUUAAGGCAUCAAAACAUGAGGCUAGUUCUCUGCCUGAUCAAUCGCUGUCAUUUUGCAAGAACGUGAAAUCUAAAAUGUUUGAUUUAGAGAAGAAAACGGGAAGGCUCUCAAAUGAGACAAGACCCUUCAGUGAUGAUGAAAUUGAUAUGGACUCAAGAGAACCUGGAAUAAUUAUCCAUUCCAAUGAUCCUGACAUGCAAAUAGAAGAAUGGGAGUCCAUGUUGUUCAAAUUGAAUGACUCAAGAAGGUAUAGGCGCACAGUUGGAUCUAUGGCAAGUUCAUGUUUAAUUGCAGCAACUCCAUUGCUUUCUUCAGCUGAACACACUCCAUGCUUGCUAGCACUUGACAUAGUUGAGGAUGGCAUAUUUGUGAUUGCCAAGGUGGAGGAAGCCUACAAGCACGAGAAAGAAUCUAAGGAGGCAAUUGAACAUGCAUUUAGUUUGUGUUCAUUUCAUAAUCUUGGGGAUACUUUAGAUGAUGAUGAAACUGUGGAGAAUAGACUACUCCCAGCUGCAAAUAAAAUAUGGCCUUUCUUGGUUUCUUGUGUUCGAAAUAAGAAUCCCCUGGGUGUUGGGAGAUGUAUGCGUGCAAUUAGUAACAUAGUGCAAAUAUGUGGGGGUGACUUCUUUUCGCGACGCUUUCACACUGAUGGAGUGCACUUGUGGAACCUUUUGGGCACAUCACCGUUCCAGAGGAGACCCCUUUCAAAAGAAAAGAUGCCCUUACUACAGCUCCCAUACAGAGGCUGCAAAUCCUCAAAUUCAGAAGAUUCAUCAGUAUCAGAGGUUUCUGAUGUAAAAGUCCAGGUGGCAGUUCUGAAUAUGCUGGCUGACUUGAGCAAGAACAGAAGAAGUGCUUCAGCAUUGGAAGCAGUCCUUAAGAAGGUGUGUGGUCUUGUUGUAGGGGUUGCAUGCAGUGGUGUAAAAGGUCUUCAAGAAGCAGCUAUAAAUGCCCUUAGUGGGUUCGCGAGGAUGGACCCUGACCUUGUAUGGCUGCUUGUAGCUGAUGUUUACUACUCAAAGAGGAAGGAUGUGGUUUCACCACCAAACAUGGAGUUUCCUGCGAUAUCUCAGAUUUUGCCUCCACCUUCAUCUGAUAAACAGUAUCUUUAUGUAUUGUAUGGGGGGCAGAGUUAUGGGUUCGACAUUGAUGUCAAUUCUGUAGAGACUGUGUUCAGAACAUUGCAUUCCCAGGUCUUCACCGCACAGGCACAGAUGGACAGUUAAAAUUAUACAAGUCUGGCAAGGCUGGUAGCCAUUUUAAUUUAACAACCAUUUGUGUUAAAACA